CGAUCGGAUCGGGCCUGAGUGGAGCACCAUCUCCCAAUUCCUCAACAACGACUUCCAGCGAUUCUCCCGCUCCAUCGUCUGGAUAGCAAACAUACGCCCAUGUCCGCCUACAAAGGCCAGCGAGGGCCCAACGUGUCCCAGUACAUCGCGAACCUCAACCAGCUGUCGCCACAGCAGGAUCUGCUUGCCGAUCCAGCACCCACCGAGGACUUCUCCGACUUCCUGAACGGAGAGUUCUUCGACGUGGACAACGCCCGUAACGCCAGUGUCGACUUCGCUUCUGCCAGUGCUUUUGGCCUUGAUUUUGAUACCGAGCAAACACAGCCGCUGAAGACCGACGGAGAGUUCCCGCGCAACCCGGGCACCAGCGCCGACGCGAACAUGGACUUUAAUUUAAAUGGCGACUUCCCAUUCACCGACUUCAACAACUUCGGUACAACACCAGCGUUUGACCCCUCCAUGCCCCUGGCGCACUCUCAGCCUACCCACUACCCGCUCGCACCCAACUACGCCUCACCUGCCUCCUCGUUAUCUCCUGUUGCCCAAGGCUUUGAUCAGUCUUCGAAGAAGCGCAAGCUCGACAAUGUCGCUCCCGUCAUGCCACAGUCUCUGGACGAGAACGCCCGCGUAGCCGCAGAAGAGGAUAAGCGUCGCCGUAACACAGCCGCAAGCGCCCGCUUCCGCAUCAAAAAGAAGCAGCGUGAGCAAGCUCUCGAGCAGUCCCAAAAGGAAGCGCAGGAGAAGGUCGCCAAACUAGAAGCUACCAUCCAGCAACUGCAGACGGAGAACGCAUGGCUCAAGGGACUCAUCACCGAGAAGAACGGCGGCAAGAGCACUACAGACGAACUCAAGGCACUCAUCAACAAGCGCGAGCAAGCCACAAGUGGACGGAGUAGCGGUACGCACACGGAUGGCGUAGGCACCUCGAUUGAGAGCCAAAAGGCGGAUGCCUAAAAUACGUCCUUUGUUUCUUCUUCUUCUUCUUCUUCUUCUGUCCUUUCUUCUCUGUACCUUUGUUGCUCUCAGUCAAGCUGGUCAAUCUUUACUUUUGCGUACUGAGCCCAUGUUCUGCUGUGCUGCUUCCACGGUUGGUCGGGUGGGCGAUGGAGGAUAUGCCAUAUGAUUAGGAAGAGUACGCGAUCAUAU